CACCCCCCACCACCACCACCAUCAGCAGCAGCAGGAGGCGGAGGGAGUCGCAGGGAGGAGCCGCUGCCGCCUCUCCCAUCAUGGCGCCCACGGCCGCGCUGCUCCUGCCGCUGCUGCUGCUGCUCUCUCAAGGUCACAGGACAGCGGCCGUCACCGUGAACUCCCGCGACACCAACCCCAUCGUGCGGGAGUACGAACAGGUGACCCUGCACUGCCAGUACCAAACGGUGAGCGUCAGUCCGCGCGUCGAGUGGAAGAAAAUCAAGGGAGGCGAAAAGAACUUUGUGUUCUUCAACGGGCAGAUUACAGGUGACCUGAAGGACCGCGCGUACAUCGCCGACGUGGCCCGGGCCUUCAACGCCUCGGUCACGAUCCGCAACGCCUCGCGCAGCGACACGGCCACCUACCGCUGCGAGGUCCUGGCCACGCAGGACACCAAGCCCUUCGACGAGAUCGAGAUCAACCUGGUCGUGCAAGUGAAGCCCGUGACGCCACGCUGCGUGGUGCCAACCGCGGUCACCACCGGGCGCUCUACCGAGCUGCUGUGCCAGGAGUCGGAGGGCUUCCCCAUCUCCACGUACCAGUGGUUCCGCAACGGCGAUCAGGUGCCCCUCGACCCCAAGAGCAGCCUCAAGUUCUCCAACUCCUCGUACCGCCUCAACGUCAACACCGGCAGCCUGACGUUCAGCGGCGUGCGCCCCAUGGACACGGGGAACUACUACUGCGUGGCCUCCAACCCCGCGGGGAGCGCCCAGUGCUCGGCACAGCACAUGGAAGUCAAUGACCUGAACGUGGGCGCCAUUGUCGCGGCCGUGAUCGUGGUGGUGCUGGUAGUGGCGCUGUGCGGCAUUGCCGUCUGGUGGGCUCACAAGAUGGGCUACUUCAAAAAACACAAGGCUUCUUCAAGAUACAGGUCUCCGCCGGACGCCCGCGGGAGAGGCUCCCUGCAUUCCAAAUCCAGACCUGCGGACGACGAGGGAGAUUUCCGUCACAAGUCCUCGUUUGUCAUCUAAGCCACAACAGCUGGGGAUUUCCUGCGGAACUCAUUAUAAUUAUUUUCUUUCUUUUUUCCUUUUAGAAAAAGGGAAUUUUCUUUUUGAAAGGAACUCGAUGGAAUCUUAACGUAACGCUUUCUCCUUUUUGUUUUUGUACUAACGUAGAUGAGUUACAUUGAGCUUCACGGCGCACUAGACGAUGGGAGGGUUGUCGACUAGAGUAGGAGGAGGCAACGCGAACCACAGCCGCCCCACAUCUGCCUACGACGUGACGUUGCACUGGAAGACUUUUUAUGCGCGAGGAGGAGGAGGGGGGAGGUGGAGGCGGUGGUGUGUCGUUUCAGAGAUGCGAGAGCGGCCCUCCGGCACGCGAUUGCUGGCCGUGCCAACCGGCUGGGUUUCCGCCAUCGAUCUGCUCUAGGCGAGAGCGGCCGCACGUAUUAUUAUUGUUGUUGUUGUUGUCCGGCACACGACGGUCUGACAUGUCGCUUCCUCGACGACGCUGCGGGGAGGAAACGUCGGACAUCGUGCCGGGCAACGCACCGUGCAACCUUAAAACGCGUCCGAGUGCUAUGGUCUAGGGGAAAACUAAAAACUCAAACCACCGCCUGGCCAAAAUCAUUUCCUGUGGCAGGUAUUUACAACUUUUUGAGGUUCACCAGCCAUAGGCACGUGAUGGUCACUGAGAUUGUUGUGGAAGGGAGUUUUAGUGUCGACACGUUUUUCUAUUCCCAUGCGGCUGUGUUUGUAGACAGUCUGCAGGCACCGGAGUCUGGUGGAUGCUGCUGUGGCGGUAACAAUUUCGCGUUUGAUGUCUUCUCGUCGUCGGCAGCGCAGAGUCAUUAGAAACGGAAUGCCGCUUGCGACCGUGGUCGCCCCACUUGAAACUUUUAGAGCCUUGACAGUAACACAAAUAAUCGAGGUUCAGCCGCAGCUCCACCCUCCACUGCGUGCCGAGGCCGCUCGCAAAACCAAACACGUUGAACUUCUUUUGCACCGUACAUAGCCGACCGUGCUCAUCGGAGGCGCCACGCCAACGUCAGUAUUUCCCACACGCCGUUCCUCGUACCCCGCCGCCCACCUCUGCAACUUGCCCUCGGUUACACCUUGCACGCGCCCGCUGAUGGCUCGCCCGGACGAUGAGUAACGGUGAACGCUGGGGCACCGCGGGGGGCUGGGCACCGGGCGGGCUACGUUUGUGUGGGGGGCCCCAGGGCUGUUCUAGUUUGGGGGUAGGGGGGCCCUCUUUGUCUCUCUUCAAUUCCUUGCCCUGACCGCUUCGCCCGCCACCCAUGCACGAUGCGGCACAAAUCCGGCUUUAUUCACCUCGGUUAUUUAACUUCUAGUUUUUUUUUAAAGUAACAUACAAGUUGUAGAGCUAAAUAAAAGUUCAAAUUUGAAAAACUCUUAAAAUUUCAGCGCAUGACCGUUGGUGGCAUAUUCUCCAGAUGAUAAGACUCGCUUUUUUACCUGUAAUUUAAAGAAAAAGUUAGGGUUGCAUCUUAUAGUGUGUGUCAUUCGUUUGUGACACUGGGCACGAGUUUGGGGCAUGUCUUAACUUUCCAGAGUGUCUUAUAGUCCGCAAAAUACGGUCUUUACACCGAUUUAUGCUCCAAGACCACCUGUAGGAUCUCUCGCAGCGCCGUGGGUUUGCGCUUAUAUAGCUGGGGCCGCGGCCCCUGAAGCCUCUCGGUGAACCGGGCCUUGGGUCCGGGACUCGCAGCGUGCGGGAGACGCUGCCUCGUCGCCCGCCCGCGCCCGUCCUGGCGGUGUCGCGCCGGCGAGGCUGCUCGCUGGCGCGUGCCCCACGACACUGGCACAUCGCUCGCGUCCUCCUCCGCCUCCUCCACUGCUGCUGCUGCUGCGUCUACCGCCCUAGCCCGGUGCGUCGUCCCGUUAGUCAAGAAUGUAAAACCCCUCGCCGGGGUGCGGGUUUGGGUGAAGUCGUGGCAAGCUUUCACGAAGGCAAAGUGUUUGCAUAUGAGAUUACUGACGCCCGCCCGCUCCACCGGUGCCAUGUUUGUGAAGGAGAUUAUUAACGACGUUUAUCCUGCCCGCUGGCUGGCGCUCGGGAUGCGCUCAGAGGAACGUAAUCACGUGCAAAUUGUUUCACCAUCACAUUCCCUUUGAUAUAUAUGCACUGUGGAGUGCAAUCGUUGUAACGUUAAUCUUCGAUCACGCGGGCCCCGCCUGCCCGAUGCAACCCCAAAAUAUUGGAACUGCGACGGCUCGGAAUUCAAGGAAAGAUGGGAUUUGCACACCGCUGCACGGAUGAUGCAACGUUGCGACCGACUAGGUUAACUGAAGUUGACGAACACCUUUGGCCGUACCGGGAUCAGUCGCCCUUGGUUAACCACGGAGGCGGCUUCGCCUUUGGCUUGCUCAAGAUUGGCCGUUAGCUUGCUCAAGAUUAGCCGUUGGCUUGCUCAAGAUUAGCCUUUGGCUCGCAGGAACGUCGUCGUCGUUCAUUUCCAGUGCUCUCGAUCUCGUCACAUCUCGAUCUCGUCAUAUCUCGGAAGCUAAGCAGGCUUUUUUUGAGCCUGGAUAUCCGCUUGUUCGCCGUGCAUAACAGGUGUUAAAGACUGCAAGAGGGGGGGGGGGCAAACGUCAUGCCCAUCAAAGGGUCGUGCAGCCAAAAUGCAUUUUUGUACUGUACUUCUAUGCUCUAUGCCUUCACCGAUCAGUGCUGACCAGCGUGGUGAAGUACGGCCCUGUAAUGCCCACCAACCUGCACGGCAUGGGGAGGCCCUCAUCCAGCAGCGGAUUGACAAAGAGCUGUACACAUGUACGCACAUAACAGACUGUACAUUUGAAAUCCUUCAUCGCGAACUGAAUAUUCUUGCCACUGGUGGCGAGAUGUUAACUACCUCGCCUGGUAUACAGGAGGUUGUGGGUUCGAUCCCGACCCUGACGCCUGCUGUAUAUUUAGAGUUUGCGUGUCUCUCUCCCCGUGGUCGCGUGAAUGUUUCUCCGGGUCCUCCGGUCUUCCCCAAUGCAUUUAGAAUCAACAUCACGCGUUUAGAGAAUAAUUGCCAGCUAGAAAUUGUAUACGUGAUGACCGGCGACUUUGUUGAGCUAUCAUUUGUGGCUUGGUCGCUUCUGAGAAAGACCUCUGUAGCUCCAAAUCCGAAUCUUUAUUGAGACUGCAGUGGGCCACGAAGCUCUUUCUCACAGAUGUCCAGUAUGGGCGGGUCGGCAAGUUACAACACCAAUACAAAAUACCUGCUAACACUAAAAUAGUUGAAUAGUGUUUUUUUUGUUAAUCAAACUAUAAAAAUAUAGUUUAAAUCUGAGAAGUCAAUUCAGUUGACGUCCCAACCAGGGGCGCAGCGGCGCGUCGGAAGAGCCAUUACGGCUCGACCGCGAAAAACCUGCGCGGUGGUCUCCUCGCGUCCAACGACGUAGCGCGGGCACAGCGGCUGGCACGCACGGGCACGGCCCGGCGUGAUCGCGCCCGCGUUGUGUCGGGCACUUUGCGCGUGUGUGCCGCUGCGCUCCGACGUGGCCAUCUUCAUUCCCGAGCCUCGCAAACAUCGUCGCAUCGGUGAUGGUGACGGGCGCGUUCUCUAUGAUGGCACGAAGCUCGCGUCUCCGCUCGCUGCCGCUGCAACUUAGCGGCUGCUCACUCUGCCGUACCGCCGCUGGUCUUCACGGUGCCAGAUUUGUCCGCCGCUGCGGCAUAAUGGCUUUUGGCCUGGGGCCCUUGGCUGGCGGGUGGGCGGGCGACGACAUCUGUGUUAUUUUUUGUUGCGUUGUCUUGUGAAGGUGUUCGCGCCUCGCGAGCCACAAACCUUCUCCAUCCAGUUGGUAGAUGCGGAGGACUGGCACCACGUGGCCAAACCUCUAACCGCUCCUCGCGCCGCACAUCCUCGCGUGCGCGUGGCCUUGGCGUGAGCUGGGAGUGCGCGUGAGCUUGUUUACAAGAGAGGCAUCUGUCUGUGGCGACCAGUGGCCUCAAGCUUCUGGCGGCAGUCGAGAUUUGUGCAAAAACACGAGAAAUAACUGCCCCCAGUCCUGUAGCCCGGUUUCCAUGUUAAUUGAUUGGAUAGGAAAAGUGGACAUUUGAAUAUCCAAAUGUGCCAUUUUGUCCACGAUUACACUAAUUAUCGCAAAACGGCCACCUCUGCCCACCAACGCGCCGUGGGAUAACCGAUCAUUACAAGACGCACGCUCAUGAGUCUCACAAAUGCCGAUAAAAUUAUAUUCAAUUAUCCUUCAAGGCUUCCCAAAAAAUACACCUACAUACAUUUGAAAUGUCUACGCAAAAAUAAUGAGGUAUAUGCAGGACAUGGGUAUAAACUGUUAUUUUUUUUACAAAAAAAACUUGCAUUGUUUUAAAUUCAAAUUAAGAAUUCCCAUAAUUAUAUUUAAGCGAAUGCCAACAUUUGAAAAUAUUAUUUACGGAAACCUAGCUGAUGUUAAAACGGUCGGCCGUAAUGUUUAAUUUGACGUUUGCAGAGUAAAACUGUAGUCCCAUUGAGUGUGAGAAUGCCGAAGCAGACAAAGCCAUCUGCCUGACGAGAGAGAAAAUCUGGUGUCACUCCUUUUCUCUCCUCUCGCUUUAGCCCUUGGGCUGCAGUCUCCUUUUUUGUUGGGUGGCGGUGCUCGGAAUGAUGUAUUUAAUUUGGAGAAAAAAAAUUAUCUUUUUAUACACAGUGGCGUGUAAUGUGUGAGUUAAAGCCAUAUUACCGGAGCACGCCUGCUGCGGGCAGAAUUGCGGUUACUGAAAGGAGGGGGUGUGCUAUUACCGUUGCUGGCGACUGCCAAUACCUCUUUUCCCACUGCACAACCGAGCCGUGCCGAGGCCGUUUCUGAGCCAGCCCAGCGCAGCUCAGGAGGCAUCGAGUUAUUUUUCCACUGCAGAAAGCCGAGCCGUGCUGCUGACGUCAUGCACAACGUACGUGCCACUAAACUAAGCAAAUUUUUUUUACCAGCUUCUGAAAGAAGGGCAGAUAAACAGAUGCGAUUACGGCCAGGUAACUAUUGGUGAACUAUUUAAAACUUUUUAUUUCACCAGGUAAGGCCCACCGAGCUGCUAUAUAGCUAAUUUUCAGAAGCGAUCUGGCCACAAAUGAUAGCUCAACGCAGCGGCUUGUCUGGAAAUUUAUAGCAGCCAAAUACUCUUAAACGCUUAUUUUUAAAUGUGGGGGGAAAAAACUGGACGACCUGGAGAAAAAUCCACGCUACUACAGGGAGAACAUGAAACUCUAAAUAUACAGGUGUCUGGGUUGGGAUCGGGAUUGAACCCACGAUCUGGAUACCAGGGGUGGCAGUCAACAUCUCGCCAGUGUGGCGCCCUGACCCUGGCCUUGUGUGGCCCUGAGUCAAGAUUCAGAUGCCCUCUUGUGAGGUGAGCGUAUCACGGGUUAGUUCCGCCUCGGCCAGUAGGAAAACACCGGGAACCGUGAGAGCCCUGCGCUGCCUCGGCUCGGAUGUGCCGGUGGAAACGGGGUACAAAAGUGUCAUAUUUUUGGCCAAUUUCGAGUCGCAUUUAAACAAAUUUUAAGUCAAGGGCACGUAUUUCAGUAUUGUUCUUUAAACGUCUACUGGUUUUUUUCAAGACGGCAACUUGCAGUAGAUCUGCUGGAGGAAAUGUUUCUAUAAAUAUAAGCCAUUGAAUAGAACGGUAUCCAAGAUGCGCUGCAUCGCAUUUUUCUGAACAGCGCAGUCCGACUAAAUCGGCGGUUUCCUGCCUGCGAUCUCGCGGCCAGGAGUGCGAUGUUGAGUAAUUGCGGUUGGUUUGAGGGUACAAGUGAGGGGACAGGUGAGGGGACAGGUGAGGGGACAGGUGAGAGCCCUGAGCUCUGAUGCUGCGAGAGUCACUGACGACCGGCCCCUACCACGGUCCAAACGUCCCACUGAGUGCGAGUCUUGCUGAACGUUUGAAACCACGACGGGUGCAUGGCAGAGAGGGGGGCGGUGUGUGGGGGGGGGUCUGUUUACGGCUGCAUCAAUCCAGUGUUAUCCGCGGCUUGAACGUGCACCAUGUCUGACUCGCAUCGCUAAGAGUGCCAGAAGUGGACCGGGGACACGCGGCGAAUUCGACGUUGCGAUGAGUGGGGGGGGGGGGGGGGC